UAAUAAUAUCGUCUCAUCUUGUUACUCCCGUUUCUGAAACGAAGGGUGUUUGCGUGUGGAAGCCAAGCCAAGGCAGGCAAUGGCGUCGAUGGUGUCUCUCUCAUUCUCAAACGCUAUGGAAUUCUGUGACACCAAAAAAUAUACCCUUUCAUCAUGGAAACUAAACUCAAGUUCAAAUAUAAUUGACAUGAAGAUAUUUUCGCGGCAUGACCAUAGAUGUUUUGGAUUAUAUGGAGAAGGGAGAAAGCAAAUUAAUGAGAAAACUGAUGAUGUACAGGUAACUCUGUCUGGAAACCACCAAUCCUUACCAACACAAAUUACUGAGGCAGCUGUGGAAUUGGGACCAGAACAGCAUAGUGGCAGCAAGACUAGAGUUCCGUGGAGAAAUGAAGUGCCGCAAAAUGCUGAUUUUCCUCGGCAGUAUUCAAAAAAGGAGAAGAAGCCUUUUCCAGUUCCCAUUGUAGAACUGCGGCGGGCAGCUAGGGAGAGGAUAAAGAAGAUGAAAGAUGAGCCAAAGAGAAAACCAUUGCCGGCGCCAAAGAAUGGAUUGCUGGUGAAGAACCUUAUACCAGAUGCAUAUGACGUGUAUAAUGCUAGGAUCACUUUGAUUAAUAAUCUGAAGAAGCUGCUCAAAGUAGUGCCCGUGCAUGCUUGCGGGUGGUGUAGUGAAAUCCAUGUGGGCCCUGUUGGACAUCCAUUCAGGUCAUGUAAAGGUACACAAGCGAAUUAUCGCAAGGGUCUUCAUGAAUGGACAAAUGCACAUGUUGAAGACAUAUUAAUACCAAUUGAAGCCUUUCACCUCUAUGAUCGUCUUGGAAGGCGGAUAACUCAUGAAGAGAGAUUCUCCAUCUCUCGGAUUCCAGCCAUGAUUGAACUUUGCAUUCAAGCCGGCGUUGAAAUUCCAGAGUUUCCCACUAAAAGGAGAAGAAAGCCAAUAAUCCGUAUUGGGAGGAAGGAAUUUGUGGAUGCUGAUGAAAGUGAACUACCAGAUAAAGUACCUGAGAACCCUUUAAAACCAUUACUAACUGAAUUACCUGAUUCAGAAGUAGUAGCUCCAGUGGACAAGGAGGAAGUAAUUCACCUAGCUGAGGAAACACUUCAAGCAUGGGAGCAAAUGAGGAGAGGCACCAAGAGACUAAUGAGGAUGUACCAUGUUAGGGUCUGUGGAUAUUGCCCUGAAAUUCAUGUUGGUCCCACAGGACACAAAGCUCAAAACUGUGGGGCACACAAACACCAACAGCGUAAUGGGCAACAUGGUUGGCAAUCUGCAGUGCUCGAUGACUUGAUACCGCCGAGAUUUGUGUGGCAUGUUCCUGAUGUAAACGGACCACCUCUUGAACGAGAGCUUAGGAAUUUCUAUGGGCAAGCUCCGGCUGUAGUGGAAAUGUGCAUUCAGGCUGGUGCUGCUUUACCAGAACAAUAUAAAUCAACCAUGCGCCUUGAUGUGGGGAUCCCUUCAACUCUUAAAGAAGCUGAAAUGGUAGUUUGAGAUUAUUAUAGUGUAAAUUGCAUGUUUUAUGUAGGAGGUCACAAUGAAUGCAAUGAUGUGGUUAGUUUUGGCUGAGGUAUGUUUUUUCUUCAGUUAAACACACUUUUUGUGUCAUGUAUGGUACUCGACAUAUUGCAGAAGAUCUACAAAAGUUGUGUCAGAUUAAUAGAGAGCAAAAGUAGCAUGAUUCAAUCUUUUCUGCCAACUUUUCCUCUCAACUUUUUAAGAAGGGUGAGAGGGAACCUGUUUGAAAAGUUUUUUAGUUGCUAAACAUUGGAAAAAUAAUUGUUAUGCCAGAAUUAACCUCUAAAUUAUGAACAGGCUAGGCCUAUGAUAUUGUAAUCCAUCAAAAUCCAUGUGAUGUAAAAGUAUGACAUGACUUUAAUAUUA